AUGGAAGACUUUUACAUAUACAACCUACUGGACAAGGUGAUCAACUCACUUGAGUUGUUGUAUUUCGAUUCAAAAACCUCCGAAAGCGUCAAGGCAGACGAACCACCAAAAACACCACAACCACCCCCUAAUCAACACGACACAGAAUACUAUAAAUCAGAUUUAUACCGCUAUAACCUAAAACGAAAACUCAAUGAUUUGCCACCAGUCACCGAACAACAGUUCGAUAAACUACUUGAAGAAGAAUCCAUUGAAAGUUUAUCGGGGUCCGACGACGAAAGCGACGACGAAGACAAGCUACAACACCUAAUACAAAAGUUGGAUGUAAAAGACGACGACAACGACGACGAAUCCACAGUGAGCCACCUCAACACCAAAUCCCCAUUCAUCCUCUUUGGCUCGCCAUUGGUUCCAGCAGACAAAGCUAUUGGGGUCUAUAAGGCAGUUUUCUCACCCUCGCAACUCGACAACCCAACCGAAAGUCUCCACUUCCCCAAAACCGGCAAAUCAGCAUUAUUUAUGAUUGGAGGCGGCCAUUUUGCCGGUGCCAUUAUUUCCCACACACGCAAAAACACUCGUGGCAAUGCCCCCACUACCAAAGAGUCUAUCCAGGAACAAGCUGUCGACAUCGUUCAGUCAAAGACAUUCCAUAGGUACACCACACGAAGAAAACAGGGUGGCUCCCAAAGUGCAAGCGACAAUGCCCGUGGCAAAGCCAACUCUGCUGGGUCCAGUAUAAGAAGAUACAACGAACAAGCAUUGAUCCAGGAAGUUAGAGAGUUAUUGCACGAUUGGAAGAAUCAGCUCGCAGAGUGUACUGCCAUCUACAUACGUGCAAAUGGUGCAUCGAACCGAAAAGUCUUGGUCGGCGAGGGGUCUCCCAUUCAAGCCAACGAUCCAAGACUAAGGGGGUUCCCAUUCACAACCAGAAGAGCUACAACAUCAGAGCUAAAGAGGGCGUGGGUGGAGUUGACUCAUUUGCAUGUAGUGGACAUGCCAAAAGUCGAAAAGAAAAAGGAAACACCAAAGAAAAUCGAAAAAACUACCGUCUCACCACCGCCACCACCCACAAACACAUUAUCCACUGACCUCAUUACUCUUUUGAAAAAACAAAAAGCACCAAAGUUGAUUAAUUUUGUCAAACAAAACAGUAUUGAUGUCAACGAGUUUAGGCUCGACUACACCCACACACCGACAUUAUUGCACUAUGCUGCUGCAAAUGGUCUUGGCCAUAUGGUGCAAGUCCUACUCGUAAACCUCAAAGCCAACCCCAUAGUUUACAAUGCCGCAGGAAGAACCCCCGCCGAGGUUGCUGACACCUCUGCAAGAAAAGUAUUCCAAAUAGUCAGACACAAAUUAGGCGAAGAGUAUUGCGAUUGGAACGCCGCUAAAGUGGCACCCCCCAAAAGCAAAGAAGAGAUAGAACAAGAAGAACGCACUUUGCAUGAACAACUUGAAUUGGAAAAGAAACAAUUGAUACAACAAGAGUUGACCAAGCCAGAACCUAAAAAAGUCACACCCAGUUUCGACUUGACCGGACUUAGCGAUCAACAGAAAAUGAGAGUAUUGAGAGAACAACGAGCUCGCGCAGCCGAAGCAAGAAUGAAACGUUAA